AGCAUCAGCGACACAAGACGCACAACUUUAACAUGGCGCUCAGUGCUCAGAUGGGGAAGUGCUCGCUGGACAGUAGCUCAUUAAUCAGCAGUGAUCUGGAGAAACGUUCCCUCAGCAUACACACCGAGUCGAACGCCGUUAUAGUGGAGAGACUCGAAAAGGAAAAUGGCAGGCUGAAAAGGCAGCAUGAAGAACUGAGGUGUCAGUAUGUGCAGCUCCUAGAGGAGGCCAAGGAGGAGAAAUAUGACGAGAGGAGAGUCAACCUGCUCAAGGCUCAGGUCAUGCAGCUGGAAAGACAGGUGAUUUUGCUGUCUGAGGGCUUGAGCUCACAAGUCUGCCGCAGUCAGGAUGUGGAGAAAGCCCUUGAUCCUCUAACACAGAGAUUAAGAUCGCUGCUGUGCCCCGAGAAUCCUGCUGCUGAUGUGCUGAUCACACGGACAGAGCUCUUGCAGCUUCUAGAAAGGUGUGAGGAUGUGAAACAGAAGCUGCACAGAAAUAAUAAGGUCACUUUCCCGGAGGAUUUCGCCAAGCCCUGGAUACUGAGUGGGUCGAACCUGAACAAGCAGCCCAUCACCCUGCUGGAUCUUUGUUACGGCAAGACCAAUAACCUAAACCUUCAGCAAGUGAGUGCCCUGGAGUCCAAGCUCAGCCAGCUGUUCAAACACCUGCACGGAAUGAGACAGACCCUCAGCCUCAUCCUGGCUCCUCACCAAGAACCUGACAAUCCCGCAGUACACACGGCUCCCACAGCCGUCUACGCCCGGCUGCUGAACCAGUCGCACCACUGCUGCACGAUCCUGGACCGCUGUUGCCUCGACCUCCUGACCCUGUCUCUCAUCGUGCCCUCGGCACCCUGGGCCAGCCCAGAGCAGCGGGUAAUUCAGGAGCUGGAGGUGGAGAACAUCCUGGCAGCACUGCCAGCUUUUCCCCGAGGAGCACCCCUCCAGCGGGCAAGACGCGCCGCCCAGGCCCUGAGCCGAGCCGCCAAUUACUCAGUACUGAUGGCCCAACAGCAGGUGGAAGCUCUCAAGGCAGAGCUGGACUUCCACAGAAGCUUGUACAGCCUGCAGGUCCGGACCAUAGAAGAGCUCGUCCAGGGAAUCCGACAGGCUUAUCAAGCCUUCCAGGAGAACAUCUCUCAGAGUCUAUGCGUUCCACUGCAAGAUGUCCUUUCAAGUUAUGAGGAUCUGAGGAGCACAGCGUCAGAGGCUGCACUUCACCGCUUCCUGUCAGCUUUUAAGAGCAACUUGGCACAGAUACGAGAGGCGGUGGAUGCCUUCGGCCCUUCAAAGAGUGAAGGAGAUGAAGCCCUGGCGCAGUAUGGCCAUGAUUUCCUGCACACUGUGGAAAAGCUCCUGAAAGAGUGCACCGAAAAGAGAGAGAAAGCAGCCAGUCAGCUGCACUCCCUCCAGCAAGAGCAGCAGCAGGCCGUUCAGACCCUGCACGUCCUGCAAGCUCAGAGGAAGGAAGUGAGCAAAGAAAAGGCCCAGCUCCAAGCAGCACAUCCUGGGAACGCUCCUGAGACUGGGAGUCCGGCUGCUCGGUCUGGAAGUGCAGGAAAAUCCACAGUUGCACCUAAAGAUCCAUCUACCACAGAGGCUGAGCAGAGAAACCGAAUGAUCAGAAGAACUCUAUCAGUCCAUGUCCCCAGAAGCAGCUCGUCUCAAGAGAGGGGGGUCAGUCAGAGGCCAGGCAGAGAGGAGGAUGGGCUGAAGAGGAGGGGUUCAUUCAGGAGCAAGAGCAGGAAGACAGUAGACAGACCUGAGUGGCAGACCUAGACAUUUGGAAAGGAAAAAAAAAGAAAAGUCCAACCUCUCCGUUUUCAUACUACUCGUCUGUCCUGUGAGAGAGGGAGCUCUUGAAUAGUGAGGUGGGGGGUAUGUUAUGGGGUUGCUAAUGCCUGUUAGAAAAGCCUCUCUGGCUACACAACCCUAGUGGUAAUAAAAGCACUUAAAGAGCAGCUGAUUCCAUCGAUGUCAAGCAAAGUCCACGUCUAUUUCAAGAGGCGAGAGGACAACAAGCCACGGGGUGUGUUACAGGAUCACACAAUAACACUGUUUUUAUUCACUUCCUUCAAAAAGCUGUCAAGGCAGGUGUGUUCUUUAAAGCUCAACAAGCCCUGCUCUUAUUAUUAAGCCCAUUUCUGUGUGUUGCCUUUGUUUGGAUAGGAGUUUACUCUGUUUAUUUAAGCUGAUAUUCUCUUCUCAAAAGUGAAACCAAACCUACAAACAUGCCCUUGUUAGUUCAUGCCCUUGAUCAGAUGCUUAAAAUGACAGAAUUCUGGUUUCCUUCAUUAAAAUGCCUCACAAUAAAAACACAAUAAGUAAUAAGAUCAUGUCCUGGUUUACUUUCCCUUCCCCUAGCUAUCAGUGAGCCUCAUUUCUGAGUCUUUUAGUUAAUGCUUUCAGAGGCUAAACCUCAUCAUCGUGUGUGUACUGUAUGUUGAAAAAUGCUGAUCGGCCAUAAAUUAACAAGCACAUUCACAUCGCAAUUGGUUUAGACCAUAAACACACCAACUCUAACAGACCGAUA